AAAAGACAAUGAAAUAAUAAUAAGCGGUACUAACUCUCCAAUCUCCACAAAAACAUCUAACAAUAACAAUAAAAAGAAAAAAGAUGAGACUGCCAUACCUCCUCCUCCUCCUUCUGAUCGCCGCCGGCACGGCGGCUGCCCACGACCAGCCGGCGGAUGCCAACGACAAGCCGGUGGCCGCCAACGACAAGCCGGCGGCCGCCAACGACCAGCCGGCGGUUGCCAACGACAAGCCGGUGGCCGCCAACGACAAGCCGGUGGCCGCCAACGAUCAGCCGGCGGCCGCUCAGGCUCCGAAAGUCGACGUGACCGACUUCCGGAGUCUGAACCAGCACAAGGUAUUGGGCCCGCACGAGAAGUUCGGAAACCCGUUCGGGAACCCGGACGACUUCAAGGACAAGAACCUGCCCAACGACGUCGGAACCCCACAGUUCCAGGCCGACCUACAGAGCUUCGUCGGCCAGCCUGCGGCGGCGCCGGUGAUUUCGCCGCCGGUGGAUGAUUUCUUGGGUAAGUUCGAGCUGUUCACCGACAAUUCGGGGGUCUCGGCAAUGCACUCCGUCGUGCUCCCCAAUUGCGACCACGUGCUGAUGUACGAUGCCACCAUCUGGCGGAUCUCGAAGAUCCUCCUGCCCAACGGGCAGUGCCGGAUUCUCAACGAGACCACCGGCGAGAAGGAUUGUUUUGCUCAUUCCGUUUUGCUCAACACCAAAACCGCUCAGCUCAUUCCACUCGAGCUUCACACGGACACGUGGUGCUCCUCCGGCGGGCUAACUCUAGAAGGAAACCUAAUCUCCACGGGAGGGUUCCAAGGCGGCGCCAACACCGUCCGCUACCUGGACGGGUGCCCGAAGUGCGCCUGGAGGGAAUACCCCGCCGCACUUUCUGCCCCACGGUGGUACUCAACCCAGGCCCAAACCGCCGACGGCAGGAUGAUCGUCAUCGGCGGCCGCGCGGCCCAGAGCUUCGAGUACAUCCCCAAGGAAGGAACGUCCAACGCCAAGCCCUUCUUCUUCGACUUCCUCCAGCAGACUCAGGACCCCGACGAGAACAACCUCUACCCUUUCGUCUUCCUGUCCCCCGACAGAAACAUCUUCGUCUUCGCCAAUAACAGGUCGGUGCUGCUGAACCCGGACACGAACACGGUGGUGAGGGAGUUCCCGGUGCUCCACGGCGGGCACCGUAAUUACCCGGCGAGUGGGAUGGCGGUGCUUCUGCCGCUGGAGUUGAAAACCAGCGACCCCAAGGAGAUCCCCGAUGCUGAGGUUCUCGUAUGCGGCGGUUCCUCCCACAUUGAUUCCUACACGUUGGCUUCUAAGAACAUGUUCUAUCAGGCGCUUCGGGAUUGUGGUAGGUUGAAGAUCACAAGGGAGAGACCUUCUUGGAGGAGGGAGCUCAUGCCUACCCCUAGGAUCAUGGGCGACAUGGUGAUCCUCCCCACCGGAGAAGUCCUAAUGGUGAACGGAGCACAGAGAGGCGCAUCCGGUUGGGGAUUCGCCCGCGACCCCAACCUGACACCGGUCCUCUUCAACUACAAAUCCCCCGACAAGAACCACCUCUUCAAGGAACUCGCCCCGACCACCAUCCCUCGUAUGUACCACUCCACCGCCGUCGUCCUCCCGGAGGGCAAAGUCCUCAUCGCCGGCAGCAACACCAACAACGGAUACAUCUACGACGCCAUGUACCCCACCGAGCUCCGCGUCGAGAAAUUCUCCCCUCCUUACUUCUCCCCCACCCGGGCCGACAAGAAGCCCAAGCUCGUCGACGGCGGCUGCCCCAAGACCAUGACCUACGGCCAGGAACUCACCAUCAAGGUCAACUUAAACGAGAAGAAAAUCUUCCUCAAGAACUUCAAGGUCACCAUGUACGUGCCCGCGUUUACUACUCACGGCGUGGCCAUGAACCAGAGGCUGGUCAAGUUGUUGGUCAAAGACGCCGUUAAAGUUGGGGAAGGGAGGUAUGAUGUGACGUGCGUGGCGCCGCCCAACAGCGCGGUGGCGCCGACGGGGUAUUAUAUGUUGACGGUGGUUCAUAACAUGCUGCCGACGGAAGCUAAGUGGGUCCAGCUCAAGUGAUGGAUGUAUACCGCAAUUGUCAUCUAUCUAUUUGCCAAUUUUGUUUGUUUGUUCCUUUUUUUUUUUUUUACAACAUAAGGAGUAUUUGAGAGGGAAUAAAAAAGAGAUAUAGUACAUAAUCGGAAUUUUCUGAUUUAGAAGAAAUAUAUAUAUGAGUUAUGUGUAAGAUCUGAAAAAAUUAUUAUGAGAUAAUUCGUGUUGUAGUAAUAUAAUUUGAUUGUAAGAUCUUAAAAAAAUGUGAAUUAGCUCACGAUUUAAUUAGAUCAGUAACUCCCGAUUAA